GUACUUAGUGGAAAGAGACCAGAUAUCAUUGAUAGAACUCCACCCGAAUAUGCGAAUCUUAUAAUCAAAUAUUGGGAUGAGAAUCCUGAAAAUAGGCUUGAUGCUAAAAUCAUCAAUGAUAAAAUGGAGAAUUUACUUAAAGACAUUUAUCAAAGUGAAGAUAUCAAUUAUGAAUUAAAAUUUAUUCCAAUUACUCUUGAAGAAUCUAGAAUAUGGAAAUUUUUAAAAAGUGGAAUAAGGGAAAUCAUUAAAAAGUGUAAAGUUUUGAAAGAAAUUAUAGAUAAAAUUAAUAUAAAGAAAAAUAAUUUUCAAACAAAAGGCAUUGAUUUGAAUAAAUAUCCAUCUUUGCCCUUGAAACAGGAUGAACAGAGCGUUUCUGAUAAUGUAUUUUCAAUUUUUGAACAUGAUCAAAA